CUGCCAAACGGGCCUCUGCUCCAGCUAACCGCCUGCCUGCCUUUUCUUCUCUCGUCCACCCUAGGUCUCAGUCUCUGCUCGCGCUCUUGUGGAGCUACUAGGUGACCGUCGCGGCCGCCCUACGCCACGUGCUCGAUCCAGCCUCGUCGGCUUCUUCGCACCCGUCACCGGCGGUCAGCACCCACCAGGUUCAUAGAUGGCAGAGACGGUGUUCACCCCCUCUUUGGAAGGGAUGAAGCAUGUGAAGGCAGAGAACGGAGUCAUUCUCACCAAGCCCUUCCUUGAUGUCUGCAAGCAAAUCUUGCCUGUCCUGGAUAAAUUUGGAGCUGCUAUGGCAAUUGUAAAGAAUGAUAUCAGCGGCAAUAUCACAAGGCUGGAAAACAAGUAUUCUUCAGAUCCAUCAAAGUAUGGACACAUGUACAGCAUGGUUCAGGAAGAAGUUCAAAACAAGACCGCGAAAGGUUCCUCAAGCUGCACAAAUGGUCUUCUGUGGCUCACGAGGGCCAUGGAUUUCCUUGUUGAGUUGUUCCGUAACCUGCUUGAGCAUCCAGACUGGACCAUGACUCAAGCUUGCGCUGAUUCAUACACCAAGACCUUGAAGAAAUUUCAUGGCUGGCUUGCCAGUUCUAGUUUUACGGUGGCCAUGAAGCUCUCUCCUAAUAGAGAUAAAUUCAUGGAGGUCAUUAGUGGAACUGGUGAUAUCAAUGCAGAUAUUGAGAAAUUUUGCACGACCUUCUCUCCUUUUCUCAAAGAAAAUCACGAGUUUCUGGCGAGCGUUGGUCUUGAUGAUAUGAAGGCUUCGUAGAGCGAUCUCCAAGGUGGUGAUUACAACAAAAUAAGCGUGUCUUAUCAAACUCAAGUGUUGCAGAGGAUAUACCUGUUUUCUGUAGCCAUCUCCCCAUUGAAAAUUAUACAGGGUGAUAAUAAUUUUUCCGCAUGAUUGACCAUGGCUACUUACACACUGACUUGACAGUACUCUACAAAUUUACUUUCCAAAGUUAGUCCCUUUUUUU